AUGUCAGCCCAACGAACCGGCCAUCUAGAAAGGACAGCUCAAGAACCACGAGAUGAGAGCCUUCUAGAUGUAAGAUUGAGUCGUAUAGACCAGGUCAAUGAGCGAAUUCGGUUGUUUCGCCUGCAACUUGAAUCGGGACCAGUCAAGUUCUCAGCUGGUCAGUGGCUAGAUACAUAUGUCCCUAAUAACCCGAAACCAGGCGGCUUUACCAUUACUUCUUCGCCCAAAGCCGCGAUGAAACCUGAUUCUCCCUACUUCGAAUUAGCAGUUCAAGAGUCCCCAGGUAACCCUCCUGCGGCAUGGCUUUGGCAGCCACCGUCUGAGAUUCUAGGAUCUAGACUCCAGGUACGUGUAGGGGGCAGUUUUGUCUUUCCCCCAGCUGAGGUAGCUGUUGAAGAGAUACGCCGCGUGAUGUUCAUAGCGGGAGGUGUAGGCAUCAAUCCCUUUGCCAGCAUGAUGGGUUGCAUAGCAGAGGAGGGCUACAAACUUGAUGUCAGGGUCCUAUAUUCUAGUAAGGUGCCUGCGCAGGGAUUGACGGGUGUUCUCUUCCUGGAGAGGAUCAAAACGUGGUUUGAAGAGAACAAAAUCAGUGGUGAUCUGGAAGUGUUCGAAACUAGCGAACAUGGGAAGAAUGAGGAUGAGAGCAGGUUCAACGUCUCGAAAAGGAGGUUCACUGUUCAGGAUGUGAAAGAAGCAAUUGCUGGGCAGGAGAAGGAGUCUGUCGUGUAUGUAUGUGGACCAGCUGGGAUGACAGAUGAGAUUGUGGAUGGUCUGACAAGAGAUGGUGGAAUUGAUAAGAAGAGAGUCAUGCUAGAGAAGUGGUGGUAG